UGCUUCACAGAUUGCAUGUCAUGUUGGUGUCCUUGCAUGGUAUAUGGGAAAAACCGGCAGCGGUUUGACCACUUGCAAGAAAACGAUACGGCAGAUCCGGAACAUGGUGGUUCGGGCUGUGAUGCCGAUUGUUGUAUGCAUCUAGCACUUAAUGUGUUGUGCGGUUUCGGUUGGGUACUGCAGCUUGGACAAAGAGCCACAUUGAGAGCGCGCUACCACAUUGACGGAAGCUACAUCAACGAUUGCUUGACUGCAUUCUUUUGCACCCCAUGUGAACUCACCCAAGAAAGUCGAGAAUUGGCAGAGGAGGAAAUGACUGCUUCCAAUACUGAGAGACUCGGACAGACUCGUAACACAUAACACGAACUGGCCAGAAUUUCCAUGGCUCAAUCAAUUACUUGC